AUGAUUCCUCUGCAGCUUCUCAUCCUCGCACUCCUCUCUCUACAUCUGCGAUCCACCUACUCCCAGCACCACCAGUACUACGAUCAAACUCCAUGCUCCUCCGACGCGGCCACCACCUACACCUGCACCACCGCCGGAACCUCAUGCCGGACCUUCAUCGUCUACAGAGCCAGCCACCGCUUCUCCACCGUCUCCGCCAUCUCAAACCUCUUCCAAACCGACUCCCACACCUUACUCUCCGUCAACCCCAACGUCUCCACUCCGGCGCAGCCUCUCCAGCCCGGCCACGAAGUCCUCGUCCCCGUCGCGUGUUCCUGCUCCGCCGAUCGCUUCUACCGCUCCUACUUCAACUACACAACCGCUAUAAACACCUCUAUUUCAGAAAUCGCGUGCGCCGUUUACCAAGGUCUGGUGAAAUCCGUCACGUUAGCGGCGGAAAAUAACGCUGGCGGUGACGACGUUAGCGCUGGCUCCACGCUCCGUUUGCCUCUCAAGUGUGCUUGUUUGGAACACGUGUCCAAUAACGAUGAAGAGAUAAAAUAUCUGGUUACCUACCCUUUCAUCGAAGGAGACACAACCCCAAAACUUGCCAAAAAGUUCAACGUUCCAGAGGAGGAGAUAUGGAAGUUCAACGGCAUGGAUCCGUUCGAGCCAGCCGUGUUUCCGAACACGACGAUUUUAGUUCCGCUGAGAGACGUUCCGUUGAUCAAUUUCAGCAUUCCCGAUUCGGAUCCACCGACGCCUCAGUUCCUGCCGACGAAACCUGUCGAAAAGGAGCGGAAAACGCCGGAAUUGACGAAGCUGUACGUCGCCGGAUCGGUCGUCGGGAUGACUUUGAUCAUCGCCUUAACCAUCUCAUGCUGUUUGUACGUGAAGGCUUUGAAAAAGUUCAAAAACGAAAGAACUCGCGCGUUGAACUCAUGCUCAACUCCGAUCAGCUCUCCUUUCUCCACGAAUUCAUGCUUGUCGCCGGAUCUUCUGGUCGGAGUGAAGUACUCUCUGAGAAUCUACAGCGUGGAGGAGAUCAAUGCCGCGACGAAGAAUUUCAGCGAGGAGGUGAAGACGAGCGGCGGCAUCUACAGGUGCAGCGGCGAGGCGGCGAUGAUGAUCAAGGAGAUGAGAUUCGAGGGGACUCGUCAGGUGAUCGACGUCCACUCGAGAAUCAAUCACGUGAACAUCGUGAAGCUCCGCGGCGUGUGCUACGGCGACGAGGAACGGUCGUGCUGUUAUCUGGUGUUCGAGCUCCCCUCCAAUGGCAGCUUAAGAGAGUGCUUAAAGAGGCCAUCUGGUGCGCUUCAAUGGCACAGAAGGACUCAGAUCGCCUUCGACAUUGCCACGGGGCUUCACUAUCUGCACUACUCGGUGACGCCGGCCGCCUACAGGGAUCAGCUGAGGCUGAGCAGCGCCAACAUAUACUUGAGCUGGGGCUGGAGGGCGAAGAUCUUGGUCUCCGGCGAUAAUCUGAGGAGCUCCGGGGCGGAGGAGAAUGUUGAUCGGAGCGGAGAGAUAUAUGCGUUCGGGGUGGUGCUGAUGGAAGUGAUAAGCGGGAAGGAAGCGGCGGUGAUGACAUUUAUGGGAGCGAAUGAAGGAGGAUGCUUUGAUCAGUUGAGGAGCUUCGUGGAUCCUUGUCUCAAAGAUGAUUAUCCAUUAGCAGAGGCCUUGUGUUUGGCGGUUUUGGCUGGAUCCUGCGUCGACCAUGAUCCCAUGCAUAGGCCUUCCAUGGAAGAUGUGCUCAAGAUUCUUGCUAGGAUGGUGUAA